GCCUUCAACUGCAAUCUUUUUCUAUCAUCUCGAUUUUACCCCAUGUGAAACGAUACCGACACAGAAGCUUUACCUUUCAAAAUUCAAACUGUAAUAUCUCAAAAACCAACAACAAAGAAAACAAAAAUACUCCUCCUAGCAAGCAAAGAAAAUAAAGCAGAUAGCACCGUCUCUGUCCCAAUCCCAUUUCAAAUAAUCAAACUGUAACCCAUAAACCACACUCCAUCACUUUCAUUUCACUCUCUUUCUCACUUCUCACAUUCCCUCACUUUGUUUCUUCUUCUUCUUCUUCAUACUCCCCAGAAAUGUCACUUACUCCCUUCUUCACAACAACACUAACCUUCUUUCUCAUCUUCACACUCUCUUCAACAAAAGUAACCUCUCACUACUCCUCCUCAUCUUCCCAAUCACCACCUUCUCAACAAACCUCACCAUCUUUCACCGAAUGGCGAUCCGCACGCGCUACCUACUACGCCGCCGUCGAUCCACGUGACACAGUCGGCGGCGCGUGCGGCUACGGCGACCUAACAAAAGCCGGUUACGGUAUGGCUACGGUAGGUCUUAGCGAGGCUUUGUUCGAACGAGGUCAGAUCUGUGGCGCGUGCUUUGAAUUACGGUGUGUGGAGGAUUUGCGGUGGUGUAUUCCUGGAACUUCGAUUAUUGUUACUGCAACUAACUUCUGUUCGCCGAAUUAUGGAUUCACGUCGGAGGGAGGUGGACAUUGUAAUCCGCCUAAUAAGCAUUUUGUACUUCCUAUUGAUGCGUUUGAGAAGAUCGCUAUAUGGAAAGCUGGUAACAUGCCUCUUCAGUAUCGUAGGAUAAAGUGCAGAAGAGAAGGUGGAAUCCGAUUUACAGUCACUGGUUCUGGUAUUUUCAUUUCAGUGCUGAUCAGUAAUGUUGCUGGCCAUGGAGACAUAGUUGCGGUGAAGGUUAAAGGGUCGAGAACGGGUUGGCUUUCAAUGGGUCGGAACUGGGGCCAAAACUGGCAUAUAAAUGCGUUACUACAAAAUCAACCCCUUUCAUUUGAGGUUACCAGUAGCGAUGGGAAAACAGUUACAUCAUACAAUGUUGCUCGUAAGGAUUGGAGUUUUGGACAAACCUUUGAAGGAAAACAAUUUGAUUAUUAAAAUGUCAAAUGAAGAAAACUUGUUUCAAGUAACAAGUGUUCUUCCCAUUUCCGACUGUUUUACCCUUAUAUUAUAGAAGGUCUACUUACUGGUGGUGGUGUUCCUUUACAUUUUGAUUCUUUUGGUUUUGUAGAAGGUAGAUAGUAAUUGAUUUGGUGGUUUGUAAUAUUGUCAAUGUGAUGGUGUAACUUUCCAUCUAUUAUCUUAGGAGUUUAUUGUAUGAAAAUAUACAUUGUUGGUCAACAACAAAGAGGAAUUUCCAUGUAAAUGCUCGAGGCUUUUAUUAGGAUAUGUGAUACUACUAA